AACUUUCAUAUUACUCCAUCUCUGCUUCUUCUUUUGUCUCUCUCUCUCUUCUCCAUUUUCUCUCCUUCGCUGAUCUCUCUGUCAUCCUCUGUUGAGCUAUCAAUCGUUUCAUACCAAGACAUUUCUGAAUAAACUCUCAAGUUCUUGAAAGUCUAUUAUUUUCUUUCUCUUUUAGAGAAUGAGCUUGUUAAUAUAGUUAAUGGAUCUAUCAACUCAUCGAAGCAUCCUCCGAGAUCUGAACUUUCCUCCCCCUCCACCACCAUCAAUGCCCGUUUUUCACCGUGGGAGCUCGACGGGGACGAACUUUCCGAUCAUAGCCGUCGCCGUGAUUGGAAUCUUAGCCACAACUUUGUUACUUGUAAGCUACUACGUUUUCGUGAUUAAAUGCUGUCUGAACUGGCAUCGAAUCGACAUUCUUGGUAGAUUCUCCUUAUCCCGACGUCGACGCAACGACCAUGGUCCUAUCAUGCUUUACUCUCCAAGGAUAAACCGCGGUCUCGACGAAUCCGUCAUCAGAGCAAUCCCUAUUCUAAAAUUCAAGAAGAGGAGAGAUGUAGACGGUCCAAACGACAGCGUUUUUACAGAAGGAGAAGAGAAUACUUCUCACGAGUGCUCUGUUUGUUUGAAUGAGUUUCAAGAAGAGGAGAAGCUGAGGGUUAUCCCGAACUGUAGUCAUUUGUUUCAUAUCGACUGCAUCGAUAUUUGGCUUCAGAACAAUGCCAAUUGCCCUUUGUGUAGAACUAGGGUUUCUUGCUACGCAAGUUUUCCUCCCGAUCCCGUUUCUGCUCCAAGUACUUCCCCAGAUAACGCAGUCGUGGUUAGAGGCGAGAGUGAGUAUGUUGUCAUUGAGCUAGGUCUAGGGAACAGUAAUAGUACCAAUAGUGACCGAGAUAGUUCAAGAAACGCAAGGUUACUUGUGGUACAAGAAAGGUCGAAUUCAGGUUGCGUACUGACUGAAAACCAACAAAAUUCAAUCAGUCAGUCUCAGAGGAAGCUUGAUCGAGGAGGGUUUCAGAGAAAAGGAAGAAAGCUUCAGAAAGUCACCAGUAUGGGAGACGAAUGUGUCGACAUCAGAAGAGACAGAGAUGAGCAGUUUGGUAGUGUUCAACCCAUCAGAAGAUCGAUCUCGAUGGAUUCGUCUGCAGAUAGACAGCUAUAUUUGGCAGUUCAAGAGGCGAUUUUCCAAAAAAACUAUCAAAAUCCAGUGGUCGGAGAAGGAGGAGAAUGUAGCGGUAGUAGCGGUAAUUUUAGUAGUAACAGAGUGAAGAGAUCUUUCUUCUCUUUUGGAAGCAGUAGACGUUCUAGAAGUUCUUCCAUAUUGCCUCUUUCUUUUGAACCCUAACGGGCUACUUUGCUACUUUGUUUUCAUAUUCUUGUUUCUUUCUACACACUUUUUUUUAAUUGUUUGGUCGGUGAGGUAGGAGAGAAAUAUAGGCGUGUUUUUUGGAUUUUAGAAGUCAAAGAGUAAACGAGUUGUAUCGUGAAAUUUAUUGGACUUUUUAAGUUUGAAAAACUCAAAUCUCAUUUUGCCAAUGAAGGAAUAUGAACAUACUUUUGGUGUC